CACUGCAAAACCAUUACACUUUAUCACUUUUUGCAUCAACACAACAUAACCUCUUUACCUUUAAACAUUCUAUCAAAACCAUUGUUCUCUGUAUUCUCUAUGGUGAAAAUCUGGGUUGAAAUAUGCAUAAUAUCAGCUCGUGGAGUAAGAGCAUCACAUUCACUAUGGAAACGUCAAUGGUAUGCUAUUGGUUGGGUUGAUCCAACCAACAAAUACAUAACCAAAGUUGAUGCUUCAACCAACACAAACCCUCUUUGGAGAACAAAGUUUUCCAUUCAAGUUGAUAACUCUGAUCCAAAUUUUCAUGAUCUUGCAUUGAAUGUUGAAGUUUAUAGCAGAGACCCUUUUUUCUUUACAGAGAAACUUCAUGGAUCAGCUACUGUUCUUCUCAAAGAGUUUCUUGCUAAAGGGUUGCUGAAUGAUGAGGGUUUAAGGCAAGGGAGUGAAGAAGUUGGAAGCUAUCAGUUAAGGAAGAAGAAAUCUGGUAAACCAAGUGGAUUUGUUGAUGUUUCAGUUCGUGUUUCUGAAGAUAAUGAAGAACCAAAUUCUCACUCAGGUAAUGGAGGAGGAAUAGAGCUCUUAGAUAAUGGUAAUAAGGGUAGAUUUGGACAAGGCUAUCACCAACAAAUGGAUCCAGCUUCGUUCAAUGGACCUCAUAAACAAGCACAGACUAAUGUACCCUAUUCACAUCCAGUGCCAUAUCCUACAAACUAUUCUAACCCUUAUGUGGGUGGACCAAGCUACCCUGCAGCUUCUGGACCAAGUUACCAACCACCAAGAACUCCACCACCACCUCCAACUUCAAAUGUUGGUUAUCCUCCCAAUUUUCAUCAAAGUAAUAAUGGAUUGGCGUCGAGUUAUUUCAAUAUGCCAUCAUCAUCAGGAACAGCUCCUAGGCAGAGGGGACCUCCAGGAUUUGCAAUGGGAGCCGGUGCUGGAGCAUUAGCAGCUGGUGCUGUUAUGUUUGGUGAUAACUUCAUGUCAGGAUUUGAUGUGCCUUCAGGUGCUGGAGCAUUAGCAGCUGGUGCUGUUACCUUUGCAACUGAUCCUCUUUUCUAAACAAUCAAUUAAGAAAUCUUACCAUUGUUGUUGCACACUGCCUAGCUAGUUACCAGUAAACCAAAUAUGAUCGGAUUUGAAUUCAAUGCAGUAACUAAUUUUGCUUGUUCGGUCUCAAAUCAACGGUGAAAUUUAUUUAAUGACGAUUUAGUAAAAGUAUGAUUUGAGUUGGCCAAUGACCGAGAUCAACUAAUUUGUGUAACUCUAUGAUUUUAUACUGCAGGAUCCAAAUCCUAUAUAGCCAUGUUACAAGAGUUUAACUUGAACAAAAUGUUGUAUGUAUGUCUUCCUCUGUCAGAAUCUGAAAGAUCAAGUUAGAAUUUUAUUAUUUCA